UAAAACAAGAACAGUAAAGAAAGUGCGUCAAAUCGAUAUUUUCGGAAUAAUAAACAAUAAUUAAAUUAAUCGUUCGCAUCUGUCCUGGCGUAUAUGUGCUUGCCGUGCACGAAACGCCGCAUUCUGUUACUGCGUUCAGGAAAGAUGGUCGAUACCAGGUUAGCAGCCGUGGUCGCCCUCCUGGUGAUUGCUUGCAGAAGCUUCACCUUUUCCCAGAGCGCCGAGGACCCAGCGAAGGAUGAGGGUCUCCCAGCCGAGGACAGCUGCAGGAUGCCGGGGGUCACCUAUCCUAUUGGAAUAACCUACGAGGACCUGGUCGACGGCCUCGAUGCAGAUGCCUUGGUGUUGAUCGACGUGAGGGACCCCCUGGAGCUCAGAGAGACGGGGAAGCUGCCCAAGAGUCAUAAUGUCCCGCUCCCGGAGUUCGAGACGGCCUUCCAGCUGAGUCCCGAAGAGUUCUCCGAGAAGUACGGAUUCGCGAAGCCAACUCCGGAGGACGAGAAUGUCGUGUUGUCCUGCCAGUCCGGUUGCAGGAUCGUCACGGCCUGGGAGUCUAUCCAGCCCUUCGGAUACUGCCGAGUGAGGUUGUACUACGGGUCUUUCCUAGAUUGGGAAUCAAGACACGCUCCAUUAAUUAAAGAAUCCAAAGAAGAGUUACACAAGAUUAAAAUGGAAAUUCGUCAUACGGAAACGGACGUCACGGUCUUCUGGGAAGUGUUCCGCAUGCUUAUGAUACAGGCAGAAGACCUCAAAGCGGGUGCAUAUCGGGGUCUGACUGCUGAAGACGAAGCCCGAGUCGAUGUCGAAUGCACGCGUUUGGACAUUAUAUUCCCUCAGAGUAAUCGCCGGAUCGUGGGAAUAUACAUCUUUCGAAACCUAAAAUUAACGACUGGAAAGACACGCGUUGGCACACCACACCCCUCAUCUUUGCCUUCCACGAGCGAGAAGUCCCAUUCACCUGCAAGGCGCUGGGAGAGGAUGGUUGGAGUCAAGUUAGCGGUCGUCCUUGUGGUGCUUGUCGGAGGAGAUGUCUCGUUUUCUAUGACCAUCGGGAACGAUGCGAGGGGGGACUUGGCUAGGGAGGAUAAAGUUGCCUUUGAGGACACAACGGAGGCUGCUGGAGAAAUUCCUGCCGCCACCACCGAGGUUCUUCCUGCUGAGGACAUUUCCUGUAGGAUCCCUGGGAUUACUUAUCCUAUUGGGAUAGAAUUCGAGGAGCUGGCUGAACGUCUGCUCAAUAACUCCGUGGUGUUGAUCGACGUGAGGAACCGCUGGGAGCUGGAAGAGACCGGCAAACUACCCAGGAGCCAGAAUGUACCUCUGCCCGAGUUCAAGACCGCCUUCAACCUGAGCCCCGAAGAAUUCUUGAAGAAGUACGGUUUCGUCAAGCCAGAACCAGAGGACGAUAACGUUGUACUCACCUGCAGAUCAGGACGCAGGAUUUUGCGGGCUUGGGAUGCAAUUGAACCUCUUGGAUACUGCAAAGUGAGAUUGUACUUCGGGUCUUACCUGGACUGGAAAGCCAGAAGUGCUCCAUUGAUACCUGUUCCCAAAUCUCUGGAACCAUAAGAACAGGCCGUAUCCAAAACGGUCUAUAAUAUUAAGCUUAUUUCAGGGAUAUGAACACUACAAUUAAAAAUAUUUCUUUGUCCCUUGUUCAUUUUUAGGAAUUUAUGCUCCUGGAUGAUUUCCUUUCAUACCAAAUUUACAGGCAAUGGAAUAAAGAUUAAAUAUA